AUGGCUGCUGUCUUCCUCCCCGGGAACCUCCAAGACGAGGCAACUUGUUCGGUCUGCCUGGAGUUCUUCAAAGACCCCGUGUCCAUAGAGUGCGGCCACAACUUUUGCCGAGCCUGCAUCACCAAGAGCUGGAGAGGCCUGGAGAUGGAUUUCCCCUGCCCUCAGUGCCGGGAGAUCUUCCAGCAGAAGAACUUCAGGCCCAACAGGCAGCUGGCCAACAUGUGCGAGAUCAUCAGCCAGUUUGCAGUACCUGGGGCGAAAGAGGCUCCGGAGGAGGGGCUCUGUGAGAAACACAGGGAAGCGUUCAAACUCUUCUGCAGGGAUGAUCAGAGGUCGAUCUGCGUGGUGUGUGACAGAUCCCGGGAGCACCGGCCUCACACUGUGGUGCCCAUAGAGGAGGCUGCCCAGGAGUACAAGGAACAAAUUAAGAGCCGUUUGGAUUUCCUGAAGAAAGAGAGACAAGAAUUGCUGGAAUUUAAAUCAAAGGAUGAUAAGAAAAGCCAAGAGCUACUGAAAACUAUAGAGUUGGAGCGGCAGAUGCUCAUCUCUGAAUUCGAGGGUCUGCGCCAGUUUCUGCAUGACCAGGAGCAUCUCCUCCUGAGCCAGCUGGAGAAGAUGGAGAAGGGCAUCGCCAAGAAGCAGAAUGAGAACCUCACCGAGCUCUCCAAGGAGAUUUCACUCCUCAACCAACUGAUAACAGACUUGAAAGAGAAAAUCCAACAGCCGGUGCUUGAGUUGCUCAAGGAUAUGACGAGCUUCUUGAACAGGUACGGAGCUGCAUUCUUUUUACACUCCCUCAUGCUUUUCUCACGAGUGCUGCUGAACGAGACUCUGCAGGAUGAACUGGGAAAAGGUGAAAAAGAGGACCUGACUCUGGAUCCGGAUACAGCCAACCAGCUGCUCAUCCUAUCCACAGAUCUCAAGAGUGUGAGGAUGGGAUGCCGAAAACAGGAGCUGCCUGACAACCCCAAGCGAUUCGACACUAACUCCCGGGUGCUGGCUUUGGAAGGAUUCAAGUCGGGAAGGCAUUACUGGGAGGUGGAAGUGGGGGCCUCAGAUGGCUGGGCUUUUGGGGUGGCCAAGGAGUCGGUGAGGAGGAAAGGUCUGACUCAGUUUUCCCCCGAGGAGGGGAUCUGGGCAGUGCAGCAAAACGGAGGGCGCUACUGGGCUGUCACCUCCCCUCAACGCACCCCGCUUUGCACUGGUGAGAGGCUCAGUAAGGUCCGAGUUUACCUGGACUAUGAAGGGGAAGAAGUGUCAUUCUACAACGCUGAGAACAUGCAGCACAUGUUUACCUUUAAUGUUGCCUUCAAUGAGAGGGUGUUCCCCCUCUUUUCCGUCUGCUCCACAAUCACCUACAUUAAACUGUGUCCCUGAAACUUGCAAAACAAUUCACUGAAGACUUACCCAGGUGCCCCUCACAGAAAAAGCAGCCAGAAACCAUGAAGAUGAGCAUGGCAUUAAUGCAAUAGCUAGGUAGUUAGCUAGCUAGCCUAGGCAGUUGCUUGUGUUUUCACGAUCAGGUGAUCUAGCCCUGACCAGAACAGGUCCAGACAACAUGGCAGUUGAUCUACAUUUGCAAUCCGUGAGGUUGGGCCGAAAGCGCCUUAAAAUCAAUAAACAGACUCCAGUUGAUUUAAGUGGGCUUUGUAUCAGGCCCCAGGGCGGGUGCAAUGAGGGGAGAUUUUCAGAAAACUGCCAGUGUAGACAAAGAUUAGCAGGGCAAAAGCAAUAUGACCGGGUCUAAGGACUUGUAAAUUACCACAUUUAAGCCAAACCAAUUUAAAUAAGGACUGCUCUGGUUUAUAUGCAUCAAUACUGGGGGUUUUGCUCUGGUCUAACAAGAUCAAUCAUAAAUCCAUAUAGUUAAACUGUUGCAACUUUUCUAAUACAAGCCAGGUCUAACGCUGCUGGAAACAGCUGAGCCUUGUCUAAACUGCAGCUUCCAUCACUGGAGCUGCACCAGUCCAGCAAUUGCUUAACAGUUUCCCUAUAGUAGCAGAGGCCUUAGUGGGAGCCUCUGAUUGUUGUCUUUAUUUGAAGGCUAGAUGCUAGUCCUAUUUGUGUGACCCAUGCACCUCUUCUGUAUCUCUUGAUGUGUAAGUUGUUUGAAAGUCAAUGGCAAAUAAUUCUUUCCAUGAUGGGGCUUGGAAGCUCACUGAUUAUCAAAAGGCCUUGUAGUAGAAAUAAAAUCUGAA